UCGGAUAACCCGUCUUGGGACCACUCGUACCAACAACGUAAAACCAUAAACCUGCCAAUACAAAACGCGGAUAACGAAGCGUCGAAUUCGACAAAACCUCAGAGAAAAACCGUCCAGUAUAUCCACAAGGCAAACACGAUAGGGAUACCGUCGGAAAGCGACAUUACCGACGCGUCGGGAAAUAAAAAUUCGAACAAGACGAGACUGCACUUUUUGGGCAACAUUCGCAAUCCCUUGAAGUCGAAAAACAAGUCCGAUCCCGGGGUCAUGGACUCGGGGAAGGACCAGGACAAGAACGACAUCUGCCGGCGGUGGUCGGAAGCCAACUCCAAUAACACCACCUAUGACAACCAUAUUAUGGCGCCUGGCACUCAAGCUCGUCUAGUAUGCGAAUGGCCUGAAGCCACUUUAGGCGACGUAGUGACCAUAAUACGCUACGACGCCACGCAAGGCUACUUGGUGCGAAAUAACGCCCACCUGGAUGAAAUCUGGUUACCGGCCCAUAUUUUAUCCAACUACAACCGGAAACCGUGGUCCUUCCGCUUCCGGAAACCUACCAGGAGAUCCAUCGACAACACCAACACACCGGAUGUUAUACCGGAAGGCCCUAUACCGGAGUUUAGAGAUAAACUGAAGGAUUUGACCGUUCACGGUGGCACAAAAGUCGUUUUGAAGUGUAGGGUGAAGAACUGCGGUCCCAACAACAAGCAGAGCUGGAAGAAAUUGGAACCCAACAUGUGCGUAUUGAGGAACGGGAGGUUUUUGUUGGGUGACAACGAUGAUGGUGUGGCUGUGUUGAACAUAGACAACGCUAAGUUGAGUGAUUCUGGGACUUACUCCUUCACUUUGACGAACGAAUACGGAGCUACGAGUUGCUCGUGCAUUUUGACCGUUUUGAACAAUUUCCAGCCAAUUAACGAACCGAAAAUACAAGUUACGUCGUGCUCGAGCGUUGUAUUAGAAUGGGAAACAACUGAUUACAACCAGUUUAACGUGGAAUACUGCAAGCUAGGUACAGGGGAAUGGAUAUUAGCCAAUCAACAACCAGUUGCAUCCUCGAGAUUCCUGGUGGAGAAUUUGACCCCCGGCGAAACGUACAGCUUCAGGGUUGCAGCUGCAGCUAACCAAGUGGUCAGUCUGCCCAGCGUUGCCGUCACACUGCCCGUAGCCGACAAUUUGCGGUGGCAGCAAGAGCAAUUCAAGAGGCGUUAUGUGGAGUUGGAGGAGAUCGAUAGAGGGCGCUUUUCUGUGGUGCGAUUGGCCAGGGAUCGUGGUACCGGGGUGGAGGUGGCGUUGAAACAGGUGACGAGAAGAAAGCAACCGCAUCACAUAACGCAAGCCGAAUAUGCUGUUUUAGUGGGGAUGCAGCAUGUUAAUGUUAUUAGAUCCUUGGCGCUUUUUGAUAAUGCUCCGCUGCCGGGGAUAGACACCAUAGUACUUGAGCUGUAA